CCGCGCCGCGCGCCGGACGGGGCAUGAGAACUUGAGCCGGGCCGGGCGGCCGCGAGCGGAAGCGAUGACGACCCCGGCCCUGCUGCCGCUGUCGGGGCGCCGGAUCCCGCCGCUGAGCCUGGGCCCGCCGCCCUUCCCCCACCACCGGGCCACCCUGCGCCUCUCGGAGAAGUUCAUCCUCCUGCUCAUCCUAAGUGCCUUCGUCACCCUGUGCUUCGGCGCCUUCUUCUUCCUCCCGGACUCCUCCAAGCACAAGCGCUUCGACCUGGGCCUGGAGGACGUGCUCAUCCCGCACGUGGGCGCCGGGAAAGGGGGCAGGAGCGCCGGCGCCUUCUGGAUCCACGGGCCCGACGAGCACCGGCACAGGGAAGAAGAAGAAUAUUUGAGAAAUAAAAUUCGAGCGGAUCAUGAGAAGGCCCUAGAAGAAGCAAAAGAAAAAUUAAAAAAGUCAAGAGAGGAAAUCCAAGCAGAAAUUCAGACAGAAAAAAAUAAGGUAGUUCAAGAAAUGAAGAUAAAAGAGAAAAAGUCACUGCCUCCAGUAUUUAUACCAAACCUCAUAGGAAUAAAAGGUGGAGACCCAGAAGAUAGUGACAUACGAGAGAAAAGGGAAAAAAUCAAAGAGAUGAUGAAACAUGCCUGGGAUAAUUACAGGCUGUAUGGAUGGGGCCAUAAUGAACUCAGACCUAUUGCAAGGAAAGGUCACUCCACUAAUAUAUUUGGGAGUUCACAGAUGGGUGCUACCAUAGUAGAUGCUUUGGAUACCCUUUAUAUCAUGGGUCUUCAUGAAGAAUUCCAAGAUGGGAAAAAAUGGAUUAAAGACAACCUUGAUUUCAGCGUGAAUUCAGAGGUAUCUGUGUUUGAAGUCAACAUUCGAUUUAUUGGAGGCCUACUAGCAGCAUUUUAUCUUUCAGGAGAGGAGAUAUUCAAGAUCAAAGCAGUCCAGCUGGCCGAGAAACUCCUUCCUGCCUUUAACACACCUACUGGGAUUCCGUGGGCUAUGGUGAAUCUAAAAAGCGGAGUCGGCCGAAACUGGGGCUGGGCGUCUGCAGGGAGUAGCAUUCUUGCUGAAUUUGGAACACUGCACAUGGAGUUCGUCCACCUCAGCUACUUGACAGGGGACCCUGUUUACUAUCAAAAGGUCAUGCACAUUCGGAAACUGCUUCAGAAAAUGGAUCGUCCAAAUGGACUUUAUCCAAAUUAUUUGAACCCAAGAACUGGCCGGUGGGGUCAAUAUCAUACAUCUGUUGGUGGGCUGGGAGACAGCUUUUAUGAAUACUUACUAAAAGCAUGGUUGAUGUCAGAUAAAACAGAUCAUGAUGCAAGACGGAUGUACGAUGAAGCUAUUGAGGCCAUAGAGAAACAUCUUAUUAAGAAGUCCCGUGGAGGUCUUACCUUUAUUGGCGAAUGGAAGAACGGACACUUGGAAAAAAAGAUGGGGCAUUUGGCCUGCUUUGCCGGGGGAAUGUUUGCACUGGGAGCGGACGGCUCCCAGAUGGAUAAAGCCGGUCAUUACCUAGAGCUAGGGGCAGAGAUCGCCCACACAUGCCAUGAGUCCUAUGACAGAACUGCAUUGAAAUUGGGUCCUGAAUCAUUCAAGUUUGAUGGUGCGGUGGAGGCCGUGGCCGUUCGGCAGAAUGAGAAGUAUUACAUCCUCCGUCCGGAAGUCAUUGAAACCUAUUGGUACCUGUGGCGCUUCACUCACGAUCCACGAUACAGGCAGUGGGGCUGGGAAGCGGCUCUGGCUAUUGAAAAGUAUUGUCGUGUCAGUAGUGGAUUUUCGGGGGUGAAGGAUGUGUAUUCCUCCACUCCAACACAUGAUGAUGUUCAGCAAAGCUUCUUUCUUGCUGAAACAUUAAAAUAUUUAUACCUGCUCUUCUCCGGUGAUGACCUUUUACCUUUAGACCACUGGGUGUUCAACACAGAGGCCCAUCCUCUGCCUGUGUUACAUUUAGCCAAUGCCACACUUUCAGGAAACCCUGCUGUUCGAUGAAAGCAGCUCCAGAAAGACCAUUCUCACCUGUGUUUUGUUUACAUGGACUCCUGAAGAACUCAGUCUGGAGAAGGACCUUUGGAAAAAGUGGACCUCCUAAGUUAACAUGGCAGGUGAAACAUGACUGUUCCCUGCAGAACUUUUCAACUUGUAGAUGUCUCAACUUUGAAAUGAUUCCAUUUUCUAUCUGACCAAAACAUAUUACGGUAUGUGUAAGAGAGACCUGAUUUGCUUUGAUUCUUAGUAAAUGGUCACAUGAAAAAUUAUGCCUGUUACCACAUUGUUUUUAGAGGUCUGGUGAGUAGACUUCUGAAGAGUAAACCAAGAUGGAGCAUCUUGCAGGAGAGGGCUUUCCUUCCAAAGUGGAGACGCCUUCAGAUUAAAUACUUACACCUUGUGGGUCAAAGAGAUUGUACACGAGUUACGGUAUUUUUCUUGCACGCAGCUGGCCCCUGUUUGAUCCCUGGCAGUACACAGGGUCCCCAAGCACUGCUCUGAGUGACCCCUGAGCAUAGCACCAGGUGUAAGCCCUCAGCACUGCCAGGGGUGGCCCCAAAGCAAAAAUUUACAUAUUUUUUAUCCCUUUUUCUCCAUUUUUAAUAACAGAGUGAACAGAACUAAAAUACAGGAACAGCAUAACUGCAUCAUCAGCAAGAAGAUUCAAAAUAACAAGCAAACAACAACAACACAACAAAACAGAGAUGGAUGUACCUAUCCCUGUUCGAAUUUUCAAAUUCCCCGUUGGAUGACCAGACUGGCAACCAUUUCAGAUCCUACUCUGUGUCAUUGAAAUUCUUGGUUAAAUUAAUUUUUUUUCUGGGGGCAUGAUCUGAUAGAAGUCCUCUUGCAGCCCUUGUGUGCAUAUUGGAUUGUUUAAACUGCUGUUACUAUAACCCCUGCCUAGGAGCCUGGGUUUGGAACUUUGCAUGUUGUUCAGUCCAGUCUAGUAUUGGUAGCAUGACAAAAAGUGGGGAAAAUGCCACAGUUUGUUGCCUUGAAACCUAUCAAAGAGAAAAGCUUGGUGUUGCUGGUAGGAGGUUAUUUUUUCAAACCAGCAAAUCAACCGGGUUAAUUUUAUCCACUUUAACCUCAUAAAUCUAAUAGAAUCCUUCGUUGUAACAACUUUAUUUCAGUGGCUUGGCAAAAUUUACUCUACUAUUAUACAGCUCUGAAUUUAUGAGCUAAACUAUUUUUAUAACUUAUUAAAUUAAAAACAAAUUACAGUGAAAUUUAUGAAUAUUCUCCCUGGAAAAGAAACAGGGGGUCCUUUAUUAUCAUCAGAUGAAUAAACUUUUCACAAAUAUUUUAUGUAAAAAAAAAUUCCACUAUUAUUUUUUCCAAGGAUAUUUAUUUAUAGAAAUACAAACAGUCAGAAUGGCUUCAAAUUAGUUUUUAGAGGUAGAAGUGUGGUGUAAUUCGUUACACUAAAUUUGGGCUUUCUCUUAUCAUCAGUAGAUUUUACAGUUGUAUUUCUUUUAAAUAAAUUGCUAUUUCUUUAUAUUUUGGUGGAAAGAAAUUAAAUUUUAUCCAGAACUCUAUUGUAAGCUAAAUAUCUAAUGCUUAUACAUUUUCUCUCCCUUGAAUUUUUGUCAGAGUGUGGACACUUGAUUCUUCUUUACAUGUAAUAGGAACAGCUUCCACUAGCAGUAAAAGUUGGAUGAAGUACAGCUUAUCUAAUAUUUACUCUGAAUUUAAGUAUUUCAUGAAAUAAUGUUUGUGCGGGAAGUCUGUCUUGGAAUUCUGCAGGCUUAUUUCCUCAUUUGGAUAGUUUUUCUUUUAAUCUCCUAUUAGCAUAUAUCAUCUAAAUUGGGAAAAGAUUUAAUAAAUGAAAUUAAAUAUUUUAAGGGCGAUGAUUUUCUACCACAAUCAUGCUCACAGUUUAGCGAAUGAUCCAUAAAUGAUAGCCACCCCAGGAUGUUUCAGUAUACAUAGAAAAUAAGUAUGUUGAGUCUGUUACAUUAAGUCUUUAAGAAACUUAAGUUUUAGCACAUAUUUAAAACUUGUAAUAUCUUUUACUACUUGAACAAUUUCAAAAUUUUAAAUGUGAUGGGUAGAUGAUGGUAAUUUUGGAAGACAAAGGGAAAGUCUUUGGUCCCAUUUCUCCCCCCCCCCCCCAAAAAAAAUAAAAGUUUUUUCUAAAAAUAGCACAAGCCCACUUAUGAGUCACUGUUAGAAAAAAAAAGUGGAAGAUCUGAGUUGACCUAGAGCAACUCUGCUAGACAUGAUGAGUUAAGUGCAGAGUAAAUGGAGCCUCCUGGGUUUUCGGGACUUCUCAAGACAAGAAGACACAGCCUCACCCCGAGUGGUCUUUGUGUCUCCAGUGACUGGAGCGCCAGCGAGGAAGUGGGGUGAGCCAAGGCACCUGCAGGGAAAGACUGAAAAGGAACCGCGAGUCUUCGUCGCCCCUUACCUGUUUCGUGAUGAUGAGAUUCGACUUCUAACACUGCUUCCGUUUGCUUUCCUUUUUGAAGACCAAACGCAAUUAAAAUUCACCACAAAUGACUUGCCAGUGUUGUGUUUUCUUUUUGUUACAAUUUUUUUUUAUACUGUCCUCCAGGAUCAGUCUUUCACUCUGGUUCCACUUAAUUUCUGAGAAGGCUUUCCUUCUUCUUCAUCGCCUUUGUAUUUUAUAAACCUCAUUACUCAGGUUGAAAAUUCAUGACAUUGAUAAGACCUUUCACUCAGCUCCUGAAAGUGCUCCUUUCCAGAUGCCUCCACGAGACACUGACACCCCAGCCUGGUGGGCACAGAGGCACAGAUUUGAUCUAUCAUUUUGUACCUUUAAAAGAAAAAAAUCCAGAAAUGUUGUACAUACCUUUGUGUUCUACUUUUAUUUCUCAUUAGUUUAGAAUCACUCUUUUUGGUUUUGUUUUUUGGAUCACACCCAGCAAUGCACAAGGGUUACUCCUGGUGCUGCACUCAGGAAUUACUCCUGGCGGUGCUCAGAGAACCCGAUAGGAUGCUGGGAAUCGAACCCGGGUCGGCCGCGUGCAAGGCAAACGCCCUACCCGCUGUGCUAUCUCUCCAGCCCCAGAAUCACUCUUUGUGGUUCAAACCGGUUUCCAGUUUCUUUUUUUUAAGACUUUUUGGAAGUCAUUAAGCCAAGGAGAUAUGACCCUAGCACUAAAGAAGUCCCGGUGCAGAAAAAUAAGUUCCCAAAGGAUUCUUCCUUCGUAGUGGGUCACACAUGCCUGCUGCUGUGUGCCUCCAACACUAGCCUGUGUCCAUCUUUGAGCAAAUGGCUCUUGAUAAAGUGGAAACUGGGUCUGUCAAGCAAACAUAUUCCUUGUCUGUGUUAUUGGUCCUGAUCUCUGUGACAGAUCAAGAGCAGUCAAGGGUUGUGCUUGCUAGAUUUCAGUGAAACUGAAAAGUUGCUUGAAAUUUUGAUCAUCAUUUCUUUCUCCAUUGCCAAAGUCUGUGUCCGAGCUACAGAUCUGUUGAUGAAAGAUUGCACUUGACAUUCUCUUUAUGUAAUUUCUCCUUAAACCUGGAUUUUUGUGACUGUAGGAGGGAAUGAGACAGCAAGUAUGCAGACAUGAAGGACCUAAUACUGGGUACUUUCAUACCUUAGGACAUUUUUGUAUUUGAGGGGCAUUUUCUGUGUAAGAGUAUUGCAUACCAUUUUAAAUGUUUUCCAGUUUGAGCCAUGUGAUAAAAUUCUUAAUUUUAUAUUUCAUUUAAGUUAAAGAGGAAAAUGCUUUAUAAUAUAUUUUAAACAGUGUUUCAGUACAGUAACUAUAAUCGAGUUAAUACAUAAAGUUUAAGAAUACCCAAUUUCUGAUGGCAACUGUGACUAAAAUAUUUACUUUAGAAAUAAAACAUUAAUUUACCACCUUACCUAAUUACUAAUUAGAACUUGAUUUUUCUGGAAGUGCUGGUUAUUUUGCAUUCAAAAAUGUCACAGAAUUCACGGGGAAAAUGUGGUGAGUUGUAAAUUGUUUUUGCUCUGCUGUGGAUCCUACUAAUGCUUUAAAUAUAAAGAAAAAUGUACUAAGUUAUUUCUAAGUGCUAAAUAACACUCCCUCGCAUUAUUAUUUUGAGGGUUUUUUUUUCCUUUAGGUUUUCUUGCUUUCAAAUUGGUUAGCUUAUAUCUAAUCUACCUGUACAUGGAUAUAUAAAUAUUGUUCUUCAUGGAGAAAGUUUGAUUACUGUUCUUUUCUAAUCAUACCACAAUUACCUAGAUUUGGCUGCACAAAUUUGAAGCAGACUAUCUGAGUUUCCAAAUGUGAUUUGGAGGUCACUGUCACUGUCACUGUUCUCCCGUUGUUCAUAGAUUUGCUCGAGCGGACCCAGUAAUGUCACCAUUAUGAGACUUACUGUGUUUGGCAUAUCAAAUAUAUCACAGAUAGCUUGCCAGGCUUUGCCGUGCGGGCAAGAUAACUCUUGGAUCUGGAGGUAUUAAUGCAAUGACACUGGUUCAGGAACUUUGGUGAAAAAUACUUAUACUUUUUGCAUACACCAUCUCUAUUUUAGGCUGAGUCAGAGUAUAUCCACAACUCAGUUCUGCCAUUGAAAAAUUUAAAAAGCAGUGGACAGUAUGUAAAGGAAGGGAGAUAGGUAGCUGAAUUCCAAUAAAACUUCAUUUACAAAACCAUGGAGUACUGGAUUUGGCUCAUGGGUCAUAGCUGUAAACUCUUGAUGCCAAGUUGAAUUUGUGUGAGACCCUGUAUUCUUUGAGCUGCAUCUUCUGUUUAGUUAUGUAAUUCGUUUUUCAAGCAAAAGGAUAUAUGUAUAUGUACAAUUGUAUGUAUUUGUGUAACCUAAAGCUAUAUACUCUGUUGUCUUGAAAAUAGAUACUCUCUUCUGGGUUUGUUAAUGUUUCAAGAUGAUAAGAUUAUCACAAAAGAGGCAAAUGUUUGUUCUCGGGAUGUGCUGUUAGCCAGUAUCCUUGAUUUGUUGUUCAGGGACAUUGUUCAGAGUCAUUUGGAGUCCCAGCGGG